AUGGCAACUUCACUUCUGGGGGAAGAACCGAGGCUAGGAUCAACUCCUCUGGCAAUGUUGGCUGCUACAUGUAAUAAAAUCGGCAGCCCGAGCCCGUCUCCCUCUCUGUCCGACAACGCGUCCUUUGGAAAAGGAUUCCAUCCCUGGAAAAGAACAGCUUCCAGUUGCAACAACAGCUCCAGUCUUUCCGGCUUCGGGGUGUCGGGCUCCAGGAACGGGGCAGGACUGUCAGAUUCAUUCAGUGUCAAUUGUUCGUCGGGGAGCAGCGCCUUCUCGCUCACCUCCAACACCUCGUCCACAUCGCCCUUUGGGAACGAGUACUCGGUCUUUCAGUCUCCCGUCUCCAGCAGCUCGCAGGAAGCUGCCCAACCGGUUUUCAUCUCCAAAGUUCAUACCACAGUGGACAGUCUCCAGAACAGUUUGCAAGGCAUCUACCCCAGGGUUGGGAUGGCACAUCCGUACGAAUCCUGGUUCAAACCGUCCCAUCCCGGGAUAGCUGGAGAUGUGGGGAGCGGAGCAUCGACUUGGUGGGAUGUGCACCCGGGAACAGCGGGUUGGAUUGACGUUCAGAACCCGAACGGGGCCUUACAAUCCUCCUUGCAUUCCAGUGGGCUUCAGUCUUCGCUCCAUUCCCCCCUGGGCGGCUACAACUCGGACUAUUCUGGUCUCAGUCAUUCGGCCUUCAGUACAGCCGGCAUCAACGGAGCAUCUUCUCAUCUCCUGAGCAGCAGCCAACACCUGAUCACCCAGGAUGGCUUCAAGCCCGUUUUACCACCCUCGUACCAGGACUCGGCUCCUUCGCCACUGGCCGCCAACUCCAUGCUGGGCAGCCCGGCCACCCUCGGCGGAUCUCCGCGCUCCUCAGCCAGACGCUACUCGGGACGGGCCACCUGCGACUGUCCCAAUUGCCAGGAGGCUGAGCGCCUGGGACCGGCCGGGGCCAGUCUGCGAAGGAAAGGCCUGCACAGCUGCCACAUCCCGGGCUGCGGCAAGGUCUACGGCAAGACCUCGCACCUGAAAGCCCACCUGCGCUGGCACACGGGCGAGAGACCAUUCGUUUGCAACUGGCUCUUCUGCGGCAAGCGCUUCACCCGCUCCGACGAGCUGCAGCGCCACCUCCGCACCCACACUGGCGAGAAGAGGUUCGCCUGCCCCGUCUGCAACAAGCGUUUCAUGAGGAGUGACCACCUGAGCAAACACGUCAAGACACACCAGGCCACCGGGGUUGGGGGCGGCGCGGCGGCCGGUUCGGCUGGCGGGGGCAAUGGCAGCAAGAAAGACAGCGACACCGACAGUGAGCACAGUGUCCCCGGCACCCCGCGCUGUCACUCCCCGGAGCUGUUGCAGGCGGCAGCCCAGGGCGGCUCGGCGGCCGCUCUGAACGGUCACAACAAUGGUCUUGAGUGAGAGCACUUGGAAGAAACGGCCACCAAACAAAAGUAUGCAUAAAACUUAAAAAGAAAUUCACGUGUAAGUAGAACAAAGAGGGAGCUUAAAGAAAUUAUCAAGAGUGCACCAAAAUCUGCUUUGCUAACGUAAACCGGAUAGUUCAGGACAAAACAAAAGAGAAACCUGUUUAAAUCUCACCAGGUCCCAGGCCCAACAUUAUGUGAUUUAAUCGCCCAGGUAGAAACACCUUAUGUGUUUGGUAAUUACCUGAUAUGUACUGCUAGGCCAAUUCAACCCGUUGCAAUAGCCUAAAGGUUUUUUUUCCCCCCCAUCAGCUGAAAACAUCUUAAAAAGUUGUUUCUUUUCCUUGAAAUCCAAUAUUGGGUUGCACAAUGUUUGAGCUCUUAAAGACGACUCGACAUAUUUAUCACCUCGAUAAUCUCUCGACUUUCGGUUUCAUUAUUCUCCCCCAAGUUCUGUGUUUACAGUGAAUCUUAGGUCCUGUGGGUGGAAAUAUUUCCCCAAAUUGUCAACAUAUUUCAAGUAUCA